AUGGCAGAACGAGGUAACCCACCACCGACCCGCAACAACCGGCCAUCCCGUGGCAUGAUCGCCACACAUGUGGAGAAGCUCCGGGCGAUGGCCACGCAGUUGUUGCGGGAAGCCAGGAGGCUGACGGGCGAGGGUCCGGACGACGCGGUCGGAGGUUGGUCAGCCGAACGGGCAGCCACCGCUUCGUUCGGCCGGAUACGGGCAAGCCCAACAGCUUGGGCGUUGUUCGAGCGUGGUUUCGCCGAGGGACGACGGUCCACUCGGGAGACCACCCCUCAGGCCGGGGCAAGGACGAGGGCUGGACCGCCAGGCCGAGUGCCACCCCGACGAGCGGUACCGGCGUAUCAACGCCAUGACGUACGGGACCGUCAGGGCCGGUUCCAGCGUCAAGGUCAGCAGCCCGCACCGCAGGCACCCCCAUCGGCGGCAACAGUCCCACAGCAGCCACCGGUCCAGCCGCUGCAGCCACCAUCGUCUCAUCCAAAGCCACCAACCCCACACCUCCAACCCAACCACCCAACCACCAGUUACCCUCCAACCCAGCCGGCCCAACCACCAGCUACACCCGAGGCGCAGCUAGCAGUCGUGGAGCGGUGGAUUGAGGAAAUGGAGGUGACGGCAGAUGCGGACGCGGACAGUUAG